AUUGUCUUUGAUACAAUAUCCAGUAUGAAUACAAAUUCAAAUUUAUGACAUUUCAUUUUAUACAAAUGCCAUUUUCAACUUUUCAAAAUUAUAGUAAUUCUUAGACAUGGCUUCUACAAAAGGAAACUCUAAUGGUGUAAUUCAAAAAUAUGUUAUACCGUGUUGGUCUUCAGUACAACUUUCCGUAGUCGCUGCUUUUUGCCUAAAAAUUUAUUACGAGCAAGUAGUCGAUAAAGAUGUCCGUCAUUUGGCACACAUCUCUUAUCUUAUCAUGAUUGCGAAUGCUUGCGCUGGAUUAUUGAGAUAUACUAAUGAUGACACAUAUUGUGACCUCCGUAUAUUACUAGACUAUGCCCAACUGGUGCUAACUCUCCCGUUAAUAGUAUCGGAAUUUUUGUUAAAAAAUGAUGUCGCUCCUCCAGAAAUAUCUUACAUUCCUGCCGGUAUCGCUUUCGCGACAUUACUCAUGUUCAUCAUACUUGAAUAUAAACGACAAGAUUUAACAGAUUUAAACGUUAUAACGAGUCUGCUUUGUUAUAUUAUUGUGGGAUGUUUCUAUAAUCUUUAUGCCGUUCUUGCUGGUUUGAACUAUGCUAUAAAUUAUUUUUUUAUCAAAAGAAAAGAAGGAUGUUGUCUAAAAAAAGCAAAUCAAUUCAAUUUAUUAAUGUCGUCUUUUGCUGCAUUGUCUUUGUUAUCUUUGGAUCCCACCUUAUGGGAAGGUUACAGUGAAGAAGAAUUAUAAUGGAAGAAUUUUCAUAUUAACAUAUUUUCGGGAAAUUUUAAAUAAAUUAUUGUCAAAA